AUGCGUCUUUUUUCUUUGUUUUCUCAGAAACCUAGUGACGCUUGUACUGCAGACACGACCCCUGACUCUAGCGAACAAACGUGUAAUAAAUACACAGAAUGCAAGUACAAUGAACCACCAUUAAAUGGUAAGAUUGUAGGAAACAUGAACCGUGUUGGUGACCGCAUACAAUAUAAAUGUGACUUUUGUUCCCUUUUUUCUUCAGAAUGCAAGUUCAAUAAACCACCAUUCAAUGAAUGCAAGUUCAAUGAACCACCUUUAAAUGGCAAGAUUGUAGGAAACAUGAACGGUGUUGGUGACCUCAUACAGUAUAAAUGUGAUUUCGGAUAUGAGGUACCAAGAGAAUCUGAAUAUGCCGUUUGUCAGCCUGACGGAAAAUGGAGUGUGAUUGUCGAUGAAUGCACAAAAAAGACAAAUGUUGCCCUUGGGAAACAAACUGUCAUGUCAAGCGUACACGAUGACCACGAUGGUGCAAAAGGCGUAGAUGGCAAUACUAACCAAUAUUUCGGGAAAGACUCUUGCUUUCAUACUGAACUACAAACAGACCCAUGGUGGCGAGUGGAUCUUGGAGAUAUUUACGAUAUUUUCCAUGUAACAUUAUUCAAUCGCAUUGGUGAUGAAUGCGAGGGAGUCGAAUGUAAUCGUCGGGCCAGCGACUUAAGGUUGAGUAUGGGGAUGACACUGGAGUCAUUGUACAUUGUUGGCACUGUGCCAGAUCAGAUUGAAGAUAUUCAUACCUUCCAUUUCCUUGAGGGUCAACAAGCAAGAUACGUUAAAGUGACACUUGAAGGAGAAAAAAACCUGCAUCUUUGCGAAGUGCAAGUGUUUGGAUUUCCAAGGACUUUUACUCUAGAAAAACCGGUUCGAUCUGGACAAUGA